AUGGAUAAGAGCAUGGAGAAGUUCCUGACUCGUAAGGAAGACUCUUCAAUAAGAGCAUGGAGACGAAAGGCAUGUGACCGUGAUGUGUGGAGGGCUUUUGUGCGAGAGGCUAAAGCUCACAUCGAGCUCGAGGACGGCGCAUGCGCAUUGAGGGAAGAAGGAGGUUGGCAUACUACCAGACAUAAUCGACACGAGAGAUGGCCUGUCCUGGUCAAGUUGGAUCUGCUGGAAGAUGUGGUCGUCAAUGAUGAUGAGGAACAGGACACAAGUCAAGACAGCUCGAGCCUGGACCAAUCAGCUGAUCCCAACACUGGCACUCUAGGCAGGGGUCACUUCUACCUGCCGCUGGACAGCGACGAUCAGCUGAUGGCUGGAUCAGCUGAUUCCCAGCUGACUGCAGCUGAUGGCCAGCUGAUGCGACAGCGUAGGGCGGCCACUCUGCCAGCUAGAGGCACCAGUGAUAGACUGAUGCCUGGGUAUCAGCAUAUACGAAGCUAUAGUGAGAGCAAAGCUGAUGAGGAGUGUCCCAGUGGUGAUUCCAGGUAA